GUAUGGAGUAUAUAUAUAUAUAUAUAUACAUACACAUAUCGGUGCCCACCUCAAUUGCUAGAAGACAGAAACACUUACUCUCAGUUACCGUCCACUGUACUACUGUACAAACCCAUACACACAAAAAGACACAAAGCGAGUGCUAACCUACAGGCUCGUACUCACAAGCUAUACCUCCCUCCUACGUAUCUCACACCAAUCGAGUCAACUCACUAGAAGGUCUUUCCGACUUUCCGUUCAAUUGCAUCUUGGGUCGUUAUCUCCUUUCCAAUCAACACCCUCCUCGGCCGCCUCUGCCAACCUCAAGCCCAGUCCAUCCCAGCCCAUCCCAAUCACAAAUCCCCGCAGAAUCCUGGUUUGGAUCGCAAACUCGGCGUCAAUCAACCCCUCUUUGGUCCAUCACGACGCCCAAUCCUGACGCCAUCACCAGACCGACUAGCUUUAUCAAUCCCGCUCUAACCUUACACAUCAACCCAAAUAGAAGAGAGGGGAGGUUUCCUUCCCUUUCCCUUCUCUCUUCGUCAUGACAGCUGCUCGACAGAUCAUCUCUGGCGAGAUGCCUUCUUUUCUUUCAUCGACAAUUCCGGUCCCAUCAUACACGGCGCGCUCUCGGUCACUGCCUACCAACAACACACGGGAAGGAAGAAAAGGCUCGGCCAUAGCCAAUGCGAUCGGACUUCGCAAAAAGAACGAAAUCGACAUCAUACUGGACGGAGAUGAUGAAUUCGUCCAUUCAUACUCUACCCACGACGAAAUACAAGGACAUGUCGAGGUCAAGUUCGAAAAGGACACCCAGUUUGAUGAACUCGCCAUCACGUUUGAAGGCCAAAGUUCAACCUAUGUCGAAAAGAUAGCUACCACGGCGCCGACCACCGGUCGCACGACAGGAAGACAUACAUUUCUCAAGGUCCAGCAACCCAUUGCCGAGUAUUUACUUCCUGGAGACAGCGUCUUUCAGGCCAACGUGACGUACAGGAUCCCAUUCACAUUCGUCGUACCCGAUCGAUUGCUUCCGUUCAUCUGUUCGCACAAGGUCGACCAUGAAGAGAUCCGCCACGAACAUAUCCAAUUACCCCCCAGUAUCGGAGACGCCAGCAUUUCCGGCGACGGACACACGCUCAUGGACGAUCUGGCCCCGGACAUGGCGAGGAUAUGCUACACGGUGCGUGCGCGCGUGACCAAGGCCAACGCCGUCGGCCGACUCCUCGAACUCGGCAACCGGAUCGAAUGCAUCAGAAUCGUACCUGCGCGCGACGAAGCACCGCCGCUGAUUCUUGGUGACGACUCUCACAGCGACCACGUCAUGCGCAAGGAGAAAUCCGUCAGGAAAGGGCUGUUGAAGUUCGGCAAGACAGGUUAUCUGGCCGCCGAGACCACGCAACCAAAAAGCCUACGGUUGCCGCAUCCACGACGGACACGGCAGACCGAACCUGUUGCUUCCAUGGCCACGAUCAAUCUACGAUUCGACCCGUGUACGCCGGAUGAUGUCCCUCCACAACUGGACUCGAUCACGUCGAAACUCAAGGUUUACACAUUCUUCGGCGCAGCGCCGUUCAAGCUCCUCCCUGAAAUCCGCAAGCACGACAACUGGUCGACCUUGCACGGUGUGUACCCUGAGAACAUUCCUCUGAGUUCGCGCAACCUCUCUACCGUCUCGUGGACGCGGCACGAGCCCUGUGUAUCCAAUCAAUACCGACCAUCCUGUAGUUCGUCGUCUUCAUCGGGAUCGUCGUCAUCAUUCACGGACUCUGCGGACCUCUCGCGGCGACCCAGCACGUACUCCACGUCGAGCGCGUCGUCCAUCAUCCCCGAACCCAGUGGCGCCUAUCGGGGGGAUUUGCCUUUUUACACCGCCAGCGUCCUCGUCCCCAUCGCCCUCCCGCACGCGACGGGCUUGAGCAGACCCAAGGUGUUUGUGCCGACCUUCCACACCUGCAUCGUCUCUCGCACGUACAGUGUCGAAUUGAACCUCGGCUUCCGAUCCCCGGGCGCCAACAUUCCUGCCAGCAGCCACGUCGUGCUCAAGACCCCGAUUCAGGUGUCGGCGGAAGGUGGCGUCCCGCCGGCCCGUUUGCACGAGUCGGAUGCCGCCAUCGCCGCCGAGAUCGAGGCUCAAUUCGGUCUGUACGAAGCUCGAGCUCUACGUGGUGAGAUUGGUGAUGUGGUGGACGGUGAGAGUCCCAGAUACGAAGAGGCCACUGCUGCUGUUGGUGCUGCUACGGCCACCACUCCCGCCAUGUUACGAAGUGGAACGAGACACAUGAGUCUGGAGGAUUCGGUCUCAAUGGCUCGAUUGGUCCUAGAAGAAGAGACGAGUGAUGAAGUCGGAACCGGAAUCGGAGUCGGCGUCGUCGGGCCGCGUCGUGGCGGCGGCGGCGGCGGUGGUGGUGAUGACUCUUCACAACGAGAUGCCCCUCCUCCAGAGUAUCGGGCCGAAUACAGCUCUGGGAAUAGGCCUGGUGGACCUAGGACCCAUAGCGUGAGUCCAUUUACUUGAUUUUUUUGCUUUGCUUUGCUUUUCAUUUUACAUAUGAUUUCCGGCGUUUUAUUUGACAUGUGCUUUACCUAUGAUACCACACAAAGAAAGUUUUUGCGUUUUGGAUCGGCUGCCGAGUGUUGGGACAGUGGGUUAUCAGCUGUGAUUUCUAUCUUACGAUUAUAUUUGUCUAUGUGACAACCAGAUGAGAUGAAACAUGAAUUCUACUUAUACAUGAAGAGUGAUAAACCGGCGAGGGUAUCUUUCUCUUCUUUUCUCAGGGAUACCUUUUGUCCUUUGAUGAAAGGAAUUUCAAAUUAGAACCGCGCGCCAAUCGAGGCAAUAACGAUAGAAUGGAAAAAAGGAGUCGAGAGACAGGUUAUGUUGGGAUCUCUUCUGGCCGUCUGGGUUUGGAUUUUUAAACAAAACACGACGAGGAUCGAUUUUUUUUUUGAUUUUUUCCACGUUUCCCGUUUUCAUCUUGGUGAUGUUGAUUGAUUGCCCUCUUGAUCUGGGGGCGGGAUUUCUGUCUUUCUGCCUUGUACUUUUCUCUUUUAAUUUCUCUCUCAUGUUCGAUACCUGCUUGUCUUCCUGCCCCUCUGUACCCACGACGUUUCAUGGUGGUCGAUACGGG